CUCUUCACUAUAAAUACGCACCGCCUCAUGGUGGCGUAAGGCACUCAUACUCUCUCAAUUUCUCUUAUUUCAGUUUCUGAAUUAAAUUUCUACUCGCAUACUCAUAUCAAAUUAUCACUCUAAACUAAAUAUGUUAGUUUAUCAGGAUCUUCUCACAGGUGAUGAGCUUCUCUCAGAUUCAUUCCCGUACAAGGAAAUUGAGAAUGGGAUGCUUUGGGAAGUAGAAGGAAAAUGGGUUGUUCAAGGAGCAAUUAAUGUAGACAUUGGGGCUAACCCUUCUGCAGAAGGUGGCGACGAAGAUGAAGGAGUCGAUGACCAAGCUGCCAAGGUCGUUGACAUUGUUGAUACCUUCAGGCUUCAGGAGCAACCUGCUUAUGACAAGAAGCAAUUUGUUACCUUCAUGAAGAGGUAUAUCAAAUUGCUGACACCAAAAUUGGAGCCAGAGAAGCAAGAGCUGUUUAAGAAGCACAUUGAAUCAGCAACCAAGUUUCUUCUUUCAAAGCUCAGUGACCUUCAAUUUUUCGUGGGAGAGAGCAUGCACGAUGAUGGCAGCGUGGUGUUUGCAUACUACAAAGAAGGUGCAACCGAUCCAACUUUUCUGUACUUAGCAUAUGGGUUGAAGGAAAUUAAGUGUUGAUUCAAGUUUUCACAAUUUGGUAAUGAGAUGGUGGUUUCAUGUAGUUUUAGGUUUUAAGUUUUUACCUUUGGUGCUGAAUUUUGCUGUAAUGUGUUUUAAAGAGUGGUAGAUUCAAACUCAAAUAUAUUAUUACUUGUACUUGAUUCAGCUGAGGAAUAAGAAGAUACACAUUCUUGCUA